UUAAGCCCCGGGUCUCCCGCGACCGGGGUUAUAUAAGCAUCGUGCCUGUCACCGCCGGGAGGCAUUAGCCAUCCAGUCCUCUCCCUUUCUUUCCCAGCCAUCAUACUCAAGCAGCCAGCUUAGAAGCAGCAGAUAGAGGUUAGAGAGAGGAUGGGCAACAUGGCAGCGUGCUUGGCCCAACAGAGAGCCACCACGGCUGUGCCGGCCGUGAGCCCCAAGCAGCAGGGGAGGCUCAUCUCCCUGAAGCUCCUCUUGAAGGCCAUCCGCAGGAUGAAGACGAGGAGGGGCGGCGGCGACAGCGGGAGGGCCAAGAUAGAUAGCAAAUCGCCGCCGUCGUCGUUGUCGUUGUCGUCAAUAACGGCAGCAGAAGAUGGAUCGAAAGGAGGAGGAGGAUGGGUGGAGGAGAAAAGCAGCAAGGUGGCGGUCUCCAACAACCCCAAGGGCGCCGUGCUGCGGUCGAGGCUCCACGGCCGGGGCGGCGGCCUCAGGAAGGGCGCCGUGCGGGUGAAGGUGGUGCUGACCAAGGAGGAGGCCGCGCGGCUUCUGUCGCUCACCGUCGGCGGCCACAAGACCGCCGCCGCGCAGAUCGUGGCCGAGAUCAAGAGGAUGGAGGCCCGCCGCGCCGCCAAUACCGCCGCCGCCGCCGCCGCGUGGCGCCCGGCGCUGGCCAGCAUCCCGGAGGAGGCGUCCUAGGAUGAUCAUAUCGGAGGCCUCAUCUCAUGAUGCCUAGGCAGUCGCGCGCGAGCAUGCAUACCGGAGGAGAGGACGAGGACUUUGGGUUGAGAGGCGAGGCGACGCCGGCGUACGCUCCCCCACCCAUGAGGCCAUGAACGCGCCAGGCCGGCCGGCCGGCGCCGAUAGAUCGAUCCUCGCCGCGCCGGUGUACAGUAGUACAGCUAGCUAGCUAGUAGCUUAUUAGCUUCCCUGCUUUUCCGAAGCUUGGUUCUCUUUUCUGUUGUGUUCUCGCUCGCUCGCCUGGCCUGUCAUUCGUCUCCAUCAACAGAGUGUUGUGCAGUCGCCAGCAACUGAAAGAAAUGGAAUGGAACUCCGGCUCUUUCUCAUGAAA